AUGGGGCUUUUAAUCAGCAGGGUUGAGAGAUGCAGUGAUCCUGUUGGAGUAAAUCUACAUCGGUCAGAAGCUGUGGCGGGCCCCAGUCACACGUCUCACACCCACAAGCGCAAGCGAAAGUCUAACAGCUACAGCUCUGAGGACGAGGAAGAAAACCGAGAGCAACGUCUCAGCACAAUCCACGCGAAAAAAGUUAAGAUUCGGUCUAAAUAUGCCUACCAAACUCUAUUUUUGAAUGGGAAAGACAGUGACAUUGAAGUUCGUGCUCUGGGGAAAACAUGGUACUUACACAAAGUAUUUUUAUUUCAGUCGGGCUACUUUGCCAAUAUGCUCAAAGGUUCUUGGAAAGAAUCACACAAAGAUAUUAUAGAACUGGAGAUUGAUGACGAGAAUAUAGAUGUCAGGUCCUUGAAUUUUGUACUUGGUUCACUAUACAGGGAUGAGGACUUGCUGAUAAAGCCAUUUCAAGUUCCCGGUGUUUUGGCAACAGCAUGCCUGCUUCAGGUGGAGAACUUAAUUCAGCAAUGUAAAGAGACCAUGAAGGAAUCCAUUAACGUGAAAACUGUGUGUGUAUAUUAUGCUGCUGCAGAAUCAUAUGGAUUAGAUGCUGCAAAGGCAGAAUGUUUCCAAUGGCUUCUUCAAAAUUUGAUGACACACCCAAGUGUUGAACUUUACAAAGAAAUUGAUACAGAGCUCAUGCAUCUACUCAUAUCGUCUUCUAAUUUACUAGUGAUGCAAAAGGAAGUCGAUAUAUAUACCACACUUAAAGGGUGGAUGUUCCUUCGUCUUAAUCCACAUUGGAAUGGUUCAAUGAAACAGCUUUUAGUAAAUGCAAACAGCUGGUUUUCCAAGCACAUGGAAUGUAUCAACAACAUCACUUUUCUUGAAAGAGAAGAAGGAAUAACAUUUCAGCCAGUGUUUAAAAAAUUGAGGUUUCAGCAUAUCAUCUGUGACCUGGCCUCCACCACAGUUCUUGAACAAGAUCGUCUAAUACCUUCAGAAUGGUUAUCGCCAGUUUACAAACAACAGUGGCUGACUUUGCUUAAGUCACUACAACACAGGGAAAUUGGGCCUCGAGUCAUCAAUGAAAGAGAAAUUGAAGGAUAUAGCAUGAGGUGUGGUAAAAGGGUCAUCAAAGAUGGUAAACGCUCCUGGAAGUGGUCAGGGUGCAAAUUUGGCUUUCCCUUAAAUGUCAUUUUUACCAGCCAUUAUAUAAUUUUCAAGCAAAAUAGUAAGCAGUGUGAUGAUUCUGCCUGUUUACACCAUAUACGAAAUGUAGUGUUCAGAAUAAAAUUGGUAUGUUUUGCUUCCAAAGGAAAAAUAGCAUUCAGCAAAACAACUGGCUAUAAAAUCAUUGCCUUUGAGGAUGAUGAGGAGAAAAUUGUAAUGAAGUUGGAUAGCACAGUUUUAAACUUCCCAUUAUAUAUAUUCUGCAAUUUCCUGUUUUAUCACUAG